GAGGAAUUGUAGGGGAAGGAAGGGUGUGUUUGUGUGGCCCAUCAGAUCGAAAUCCCAAUUCAUUUUCAUCAGUUUCUUGAGGAUCUGAGCUUCUCCAAUGGUUUUACCAAACCACACCCUUUCUUGUUUCCUAGUAUUUAUUCCCCAUCUUGAGCUCUCAAUUUCCCUUUUGUUCUUGAGUUGCUUCAGUACAAUGAACAAAAACCCAAUCUUGAAAAGCUUGUGAGGAGACAUGGUUCAAAGAUGUGGGUCUGAGGGAUGGGAACCCAAGUGCACUACAAAGACUAUGCUCCGCUUGGAUAUUGCGACAUGAGGAACUUAAGUGAGGACGGUAGCAGUAGUAAUUGGUCCCUUUUUUAUGGAGAUAGACCCUCAACGAAUGUGCAACAUUGUAAUAACGGUUUCUUGUCUCGGAGUGUAAUUGAUGCAUUUCCUGGGUACGACAAGGAUGCGGUAAAGCAGAAAAUGCUUGAACAUGAGGCAAUUUUCAAGAAUCAGGUUUAUGAACUUCACCGCCUUUACAGAAUCCAAAGGGACAUGAUGCAAGAGGCGAAAAGGAAGGAACCGAACCGGAUGUCUGUGGAGCCAUCGUCAUCAUCUAGCAUCAGAGGAUCUCAAAUGCCCUCUGAAGAUGCUCGGAAAUGGCACAUGACCAGUUUACCCUUAGCACAUUCUAAUUAUUACGCGAGAGCAUCUACAUGCAGUGCUGAUUUGAUGAGCUCUCCUCUAAGCUGUGCGAAGGACAAUAAUGUCCAACUACAAAACGGGGUCUCCUCAAGAUUCAGUGGAGAAGAGCUGGAGGCUAGACCGUCUAAAGUGCGCAAAAAACUGUUUGAUCUUCAAUUGCCAGCCGAUCAGUACAUAGAUACCGACGAUGAUAAACAGUUGCAAGACUGCAGAUCAUCUUUAUGUCCAAGUUAUCCUGCUAGGGGGAACUUUACUGACCCACAAGAGUGUAGUGUUAAACUGAUUCUUGGCAGUGGUGGUGGUGAAAUGAGCUCUUCCCAAAAAGAGGUUUCUAAAAUGCCCAGUUCCUAUUUAAGGAGUUCGUUCGGGUUGGCAGAUCUCAAUGAACCUGCCCAGUUUGAGGAAACAAUCGUUGCUCCACCGGUUGACUUUCUUGGUUGUUCUAAUUAUCCCAAAGACUCUAAAAGGCCAAAUGUCAGCAGUAGUAAACAGCCAAAUGCAGCGUUUUUUGCAAGCUCCAAUGGGUUAAUCAGUAAUUCCUCAAAGGGCAGUAAGGGAAAAGAGAGGGAUUGGCUUUCGUAUGCUUAUGAAGCAGAUAACAUGAGAAAUGGCCUACUCCCUCAAGGUUUGGAACAUAAUAAGUUGCCUAUGCCAUCCCAUCGGCAUAAUCCGGUAACUUAUCCAACUCUCAGUAUUAGGGACGAUAUGUGGCGAGAGAGGACAGGUUAUGGGCUACAACCCUUUGAAAGAGGCAGGGAGAGCUCUAGUUAUAGCCGUGUGGUGGAACCCACGGUGGCACCCCAGCUGUUUUCCUCCUGUCCCAGCCCGUAUGUUAAUUCUUCUGAGUUUCCCAAUUUGUGGCCCUCUGUUUCAUCUUUAGAAAAACCAACAAGUAGCCCAACCCAGAAGUUCACAUUCUUUCAUCCAAACACCUCUCAAAGCCCCAUUACCGGGUGGAAUAAUAAUAAUGGUAACAUCGUAUCUGGUGCCAAGAAUGGUUUCUGUUACAAUGUAUCUCCAUCCGCCCCGCGGGACCCACCUGUUCAUUUCCGACCACUUGGUUUUGAUUGUCUGAACUUCAACAAGGGUGAGAAUGGACUGCCCGGAAGCUCUACUACUCAUCAUCAAUAUGAGAAGCUUCUAGUUGACUCCAACUCGGUGGAUUCAAAAUCUGCAAAAGGUUUCGAUCUGAAUGUCAUGAACGAGCAGCAGCCCUUCCAUGACAAGGGGUUUUUUGGUAAUAGUAGUAGUAGUAGUACAAGAAAGCAUGAAGAAGAAGACAUUACAGCAACAUUGCCAUGGCUUAAAGUUACGCCUGCUUCCAAAAACAAGCCCUCAAGAGAGGAAAACGAACCGUCCUUGCUCGCUUCUACUUCUGCAGCCAUAACUCAGCCCCCAACUCAGGGGCAUAAUGGGACGAACGCAAAGAAGAAUGUCAUGAUUGAUAUAAACAUGGCAUGGGACCUUUCACAUGAUGAGUUAGAGGAAGACAAGCCAAAAGCCACUAGCGCAAGAAAUCACAUCGAUUUGAAUUCUUGUCUUCCCGAAGAGGAAGAUGAAGAUUGUCCGGGACCCACUGCUGCGGCUAGUAAUAAUGUUAGAACAAAAACAUGUCUAGAGAUUGAUUUGGAAGCUCCUGCUGUUUUGGACAGUGAUGAAUAUGAUCUCCCACCUAAAACGGAGCACAUGGAAGAUGAUAAUCUAUCCCCAAAAGACGAAUCUGCCAGUGUUGCAGCAGAAGCAAUAGUUGCCAUUUCGUCAUUACGCGAUGACCCGUCCGAAGAUCCUCUGGGGGAAUCCCUCCAUUGGCUAGCUGACAUAGCCGCUUCGUGUGCUGAGGACAAAGAACCAAAGGGCAGCCAGGAUGAGAAUAGUUUGUGUUUAGAGGGGACGGAUUCUUUUGAGGCGAUGACGCUGCAGUUGGCAGAAACCAAGAAAGAGGACUACAUGCCCAAGCCAUUCGUGCCCGAGUGUGGGGACCACAACAACAACAACAACGUGGGCCCGACGGCGUCUUCCCUUAACCACCGGCCUCGAAGGGGUCAGGCGAGGAGAGGGAGGCAGAAGAGGGACUUCCAGAGGGACAUCCUCCCCGGGUUGUCCUCCCUGUCGAGGCACGAGCUCGCCGAAGACCUUCAGACGUUCGGUGGGCUGAUGAAGGCAAUGGGCCAUCCUUGGAACUGUGCAUUGACAACGACAAAAAGGAGCGGGGCCCGCAACGGGGGUGGUGCUAGGGGAAGACGCCGGACCGUGGUGGCUGUCUCCAGCGACGAACCACCACCACCACCACUACCUGCCGCCAUAUCCCUAUCGCCGCAACUAAAUAAUGGCGAAGCGGUUUUCGAGGACAAGAGCCUAACGGGGUGGGGAAAGACGACUAGACGUCCCCGGAGGCAAAGGUAUCCCGCCGGCAGUACUCCUCCUCCCACCUUCCCUUUAACUUAAACCUUGAGAGAAAAGAGGCUGCAACUUAUAGUCCACCAUUUAUAUACAUAUAUAUUUCAAAAAAAAAAAAAUAGAGACAGACAGA